CUUAACGGUAAAUAAGAGCGACAAAACGAGACUAGCACGGAAAGAAGGUGCAUCAGCCCUUGACAAUGGCAAUGGUGGCGGAAUCACCGGAAUCUGACAGUGACAACAACUCCUCAAAAACCAACAAUCCUCAAACCCUCAAUGAAACGGCGCCGUUUCUUGACUACGCUCUUGCGCAGGCCCAGCUUUACCACAAGGCCUUCAACGACGCCGUCGAUUCGACAAUCGAUACUGCAAAAUCCCGUUUCUCCCAAAUCCGCUCAACUUCUUCCGCCCACUUUCACCAGACCUUGGAUUCUUUGGAUGAUCUCAAAUCUCAGUACACUGCUUAUGAGGGUCUUUUGUUUGGAAAGAUCAAAGAGGGUGUAGUUGUUGCAGCUUCGCAUCCGGUGAUUACAUGUGGGGCUACUGCUUCCCUGGGGCUUCUGGUACUUAAGAAUUAUUCUUCUUCUUCAAAUCUGGUUUAUCUUGUAGGGCCUCGUCGGGUCUUGUACUACAACACUUUGCGCCUUUUUGUUAGUGAAGAGUCCAUGAUUUCUAGAGCCCAUGCUGAAGUGAAAGAAUUGCGGCAAUCAAUUGAGCUUUUAAAGGCUGAAGGUGAAAAGUUGGAGAAGAGUGCAUUACAUGCAGAAGAGCAAUUCUUACAUGGAAGGACAAAACUCAGACAUGCAGGAAAGCAGAUCCGUAACGUGAUUCAAUCAGCAUAUAAAAUUGAAAUACGAGCAGGGGGUUUAAAAGAUAUCCUUGGAGAACUCCCUAAAAGAGAAACAUCUCUCUUCCGAUCUCAGGUGGAGCCAGUGAUUAAAUCACAUCGUCUUCAACGAUUUGUGGCAAAUCCCCAAAUUCUGCUGCGAUUUUUGUCAGAAGCCAGCGUAUGAGAUUUGGGAGCAACAAGAUCAAGUUCUUGUGACUUGGCUCCAAUCAACUCUCUCCACACCAAUUUUAUCAUGAAUGCUUGGUUGUGUUCAUUCCUAUGAAGUUUGGGAGUGCAUUCACAAGUAUUUUCACAACCAGACAAAGGCCACAACGCGUCAACUUCGAACUCAGCUUCGUUCGACGACUCUUGGAACUAAAUCAAUGCGCGAGUUCCUAUCUCAUCUUCGCGUGAUUGCUGAUUCCCUAGCCUCUGUUGGAAGUCCUAUCAUGCUUCAAGAGCAUGUCAGCAUGAUCCUUGAAGGUCUCUCCUCGGAGUAUCACUCAGUCAUAGCGAUUAUCGAGAGCAAAUUUGAAACUCAACCUCUUGAGCAGGUUGAAGCUUUGCUUCUUGCUCAUGUAGCGCGUCUGAGCAGUCACUUGCUGAAUCUCCCUCGAUCAACUUCACGCACUUGCAAACAACCAAUAAGUUGUACUCGCAUCAAGAUCCUUUGAGUUUCUCUAACUUCCGCGGUGGCUCUAGCUGUGGCUGUGCCAGUGGUGAUCACCGCGGCGGCGUCGGUGCUAGUGGUGGCAGUGGCUGAGGUCGUGGAGGCAGCUGCUUCGUGAACUUCCAAUUUCAACUGUUACAAGUAUGGUCACACUGCCUAUGUGUGCCAUUAUUGGUUUGAAACAAACUAUCAACCUAGUUCAUCUCUUGUUCUUCAUGAUCCAACCUCUUCUAACUAUGGACCUCAUUCUCAGAACAAUUUUUCAUCUGGUCAGAAUAACCCUAAUUCGGGGCAGUCAAGUGGUGAAAAUCAACCUUCCAAUGUGUGGACUAAUAGCAACUACAAGUCUGGUACUAACUCAAAUCCUAGUGCCAUGUUGACAAACACAGCUUCUCAACCAGCUUCAACAUCCACUAAUUGAAUAACCUGAUUCAGGAGCCUCCUUUCAUGUGACUGGAGAAUCUCAGAAUAUUCAACAACUUGAACCAUUUGAGGGCCCUGAGCAAAUCUUUAUUGGGAAUUAUCAAUGUUUGCCUAUCAUUUCCACUGGUUCUUCUUCUUUCAUUUCCCCUUACAAUUCUAAUGUUUCUUUAUCUCUGAAACAUCUAUUACAUGGUCCUACAAUUUCUAAAAAUCUUAUUAGUGUUAACCAAUUUACUAAGGACAGUGGUGUCUUUUUUUGAAUUCCACUCUAAUCAUUGUGCUGUGAAAUCUCAGGUUACCAAUGAAGUCUUGCUUCAAGGCAAUGUUGGACCUGAUGGUCUUGACAGAUUCAGUUUCAGCACUCUUCUGCUGCUCCUUCUGGUUUUGCCUGUGUUUCCAGUUCAGAAAAUACCUCUGUUAAUUCAUGUAAAAGUAGCUCUGAAAAUCUCAUUGUAAAUCCAUGUAAUAGAAUUAGAUCUCUUUGGCAUGAUAGACUUGGCCAUCCCAAUCAUCAUGCACUUCAACUUGUUCUUCAACAUUGUAAAAUACCCACAUCUAAUAAAAACUUGAUGGGUUUUUGUUCA